AAGACGGCGACGUCACGCUCCGCUCCAGCUGGUCGCGCUGCGCUGCCGGGCACUACUGUGCGCGUGCAGCGCGCGUCCUGCCCAUCCCCGCGAGCGCGACGGCGCAGGUGAGGCGAACGCGCGGCUCCGACGGCUGCUGCUCCUGCUCCUCUUCGCUCGGGGAUGCUGAGGGCGCGUUAAGCUAGGCACCGGGACCGCGCGCGGGCUCCACCUCCCUGGCUCAGGUGCGCGCCGCACGGCUGUGUUGACUAAACCAAGAGAAAGAGGAAAAAGGAUGGAGUUCAAGCAGCUCGUCGACACGGCGGAGAAGUGGUGCGCGAGCAACCCGUUCGACCUCAUAUUCGCCGAGGAGACGGACGAGCGGCGCCUGGACUUCUAUGCCGAACCAGGCCUCUCCUUCUACGUGCUCUGUCCCGACACCAUGAGCGGGGGGACGGACAAUUUUCACGUGUGGAGCGAGAGUGAGGACUGCCUGCCCUUCCUCCAGCUGGCCCAGGAUUACAUCUCUUCCUGUGGGAAGAAGACCCUCCUGGAGAUCCUGGACAAGGUGCUCACAUCCUUUAGGCCGCUGCUGGGCCUCCCAGACAUGGAGGAGGACACUUUUGAAGAGUACCAUGCCGAUGUAGAGGAGGAGGAGCCCGAGGCCGACCACCAGCAGAUGGGUGUCAGUCAGCAGUAACAUCUCCCAGCAGCACCUGGUGGAGCCAGAGAUUGCCUUGGGUCUGCCCACCCCUCACCAAGUUCCCCAGACCUCCUGCUCACACACAGACACGGACAGGACAGCCAGCCGAAUAUCAACACACACCCCACUGAUUGCGUGACCAUUAUGCUUUUCAAGUUGUUUGCCCUAUCAGAUGUUUGAAUCUCAGUGUCCAAAAACAGAAAGUUGUAGAAUAUUCUAGAGGAACAAUGGCUCCAACUGCUCUGUUCAACAGGCCUCAGGCCUGAGGGGAGGGUCAAGGAUGGCACAGAGUCUCGUUGCACAUUUUAUUUAUUAUAAUUGUCAGCGGUGUUGUAGCAUUGGCAGAGUGGUGGAGUUUGAAACAGGAACUCUGAGAGCAGCACCAGUGGCUGUUAGCACCUCCGAAACAAUGACAUUAAUAGAAAAUGGUUCAUUAUUGGAUAAUUUCCUGCAUGAAAAAAAUAGCAUGAUCUGUGUUUUUUAGUUACUGCAAUUCUUGACAUGUCAGACUGAUCAGACAAAAAACAAUUCUCAUACCUGAGUCAGGAAUGAGAGUCUUGACCCAACCUCCAGCUCCUUAAUGCUACUGAGGAAGGAGGAGGGGCCAGAGUUCUUUUGACCAAUCAAGUUGCAGGGUGGAGUUCAGUCUGUUAAUUUGUCUUAAAGGGCCCCUUCCAGCAUGGUUUCAUGGCAGGGCAGCAGGUGGGCAUGGAUAGUAUGGUGUAGGGACAGGUAGGAGUAAGCACAGUGACCCUCAAGGCAUCCCAGUAUAGGCUCAUCCUUUUUCUGCUGGUUGUGGUUGAUUUUAGUUGAGGAUUUCCCUUCAGCUGAGCUGUCUUUUGACCCAAGAGUUUGUGCCUUCUUUGCUUUCCUCUCCCUUUUUGCUUGUUCACAGUUGAAGCCAGUGAGGCUUAAGCAGGAAACACACUCCUUAGCUCAGCCAACAGGCUCCUUUUUCAUCGGUUGUUCGGUUGAAAGUUUGCGAAAUUGAUGUACGAGCUGCUCGGUGCAUCUCCAGGACACACCUGUCCACAUGCUGUAGACAACCGAGGAGCCUGUAGGUUCAUGGUUACUCUAAAAGCAUUUCUAGGCUCAGAACUGACUCAGUGCACAAAAGUAGUUUGUCCAAUCAAAAGAUAAUUGUCAACACACACAUUGACUAAAACCCCGCUUGUCCCAAGCAGGGUCGCGGCGGAGCCAGAGCCUAGUCUGGCAACACAGGGCGCAGGGCUGGAGGGGGAGGGGACACACCCAGGCCGGGACGCCAGUCUGUCGCAAGGCACCCCAAGCGGGACUGAAACCCCAGACCCAGCAGGCCAAACCCACUGUACCAUCACGCCCUCUAAUUGUCAACAUACAUUUGCAAUAUUAUCACGUGGACAUUCUGACAUUCUGACGCAGCACCUCUGUGAGGGGAUCAGGGGACCAGCCUUAAGAAACAAAGCGGUGACAAAAGCAAUUUCUUCAUGAAAGGUUUUUCAAACUUUUAAUUGCCGGCUGAUGCCUUGAGCCCAGACACAUGCACAGACACUAAGACACAUACACACACUUCUCUCUGAUUAAAUAGUUUGGUUUUGUUCACUGAAUCUGCUAUGUGCUCAGCUCCUGCCAGACCUUUUCCCACAAUCCCGCUGGAAAACUGGUGAUGGCAGGUGUCUGUAGUGUGGGAUACCCCGUAGCCUCGAUGGAGGGAAGUGGCUGACCUGCAACCUCACUGGACCUCA